GCAUUCUGACGUUUCCUUUCGCAAUCGCGACUGAUAAACAUAAAACACGCAACCUUAUCACCAUAAUUACGGUCACCCAUCCUACAACAGUUGAAAGUUAUUAAUAGCCACCUCAGACCGGUUUUUUAACACAGCAGAGUCAUCUAAAGACCAAUCCCUGCACUCAAAAGCAGCUGUGAUGCGUUAUUUUUAUCGAUAAACUAAAACACAAAUGGCCCGACAACAGAACACCCCCGGCGUCGGCGUCGAGUACGAAAUCUCCGUCCCCGCCUACUUCGCGCUUAACCUCAACAACAACAGUGACGUCAGAGACUUUAAUGUGCGAAGCAACGUAGCGGUGGAAUUCGGGAAUAUGGAUGACGUCAUCGUGGAUAUAGAGAUGGUCAACGGGACAAAACACUACUUCGCCAUCCAGCUGAAGCACAAAGAAAAGAAAAACAAGAAGUUGUUGCCGACGAACUUCGAGGCUAAAGGCAACUUCAGUCUGGAAAAGUAUUGUAAAGCGUUCAAGGACAUCGAAAAGCGGAACAAAAAUUAUCGGUUUAUUUUGUACACCAACAGCGAGUAUAACUCGAGUCGGAAGGAACAGAUGACGAAUUUUCGCAUGUCGAAGGAAGAUAAGUGUGAAGGGAAAGUUUUCUUUGAUACUAGUUCGGGUCGGGAUGGUGUCUAUAGAUUCGAAGUCAAUGACAAUAUUCCAGACGCGGAAGUUACUAAGUCGGACUAUGAACAGUUCUUUCGCCGGUUUACCGUCUACGUUGGUCAGAAAAAUUUCGAAGACCUCGAACAAGAGAUUUUUCGUAUUUUGAAGAAUAAGAGUGCUGGGUUGAAAUAUCUAGAUGUGUUCAGGCGGUGGCACCAGAAUAGAUUUACUAACAAGACCAUUGACAAAGAAACUGUCAAUAUCCACCUAGUUGAUAUUUUUGUGUCCGAGUUUGUGAUCGCCAGCCACAUUUCGAACGACUUGUUUGGACGGAUUGUCAAAGAGUUCGACGUGACGAUAAUCGACGAAAGUGUAGACAAUAUAGAUUCGUUAAAACGUUGUGAAGGCGAUGAUCGAAACGUUGAUGACGAUCUUCAUUUGGCUAAAAAGUACAAAAUUGUUGAUAAGUCAGUCUACGAGUUGGACUGUGGCACGAAAAGAAAAAUCUUGCAGUAUUUCUUCCUGAAGGUCGUACUUAUCAAUUUCAACCAAUCGUCGGAAGACAAUUUAUAUCAAAUGCUGGAACAUUAUCGGUGCAGCGACAAUAGAAUCAAAUUUGUUCUAGUUGGAAGAGGAAUCGACACGGCGAAACUAUCAAACUUCACGAUCUUCCAAAACUUGCAGCAGUUAUCAAAGUUUGAUAAUUUAUACGCAGAAGUUUUAAAGACUUGUCAAUUAAGUAUGCAAGGGAAGGAUCCAAUUACUUUGGAAGAGCUGCUGCGAAUUUGUGACGACGUGGACUUCGUAGGACCAAAAGAAAUACUAUUUAUGUUGACUAGACCUCUGACAAUAGGUGAAGACAAAGAACUUCUUCCUCCGGUCUAUAUCCACAGACGGGUAUCAACCGAAGUACCCAGAUUGAUACACCUAUUAAACCCAUCUAUCGUCAAACGCCACACUCUGGUCAUCGACUUUAACACCCACUUGGACCAAAUCAGGACCCAAUUCGAAGAAAAAGGUAUCACAAUCGUCGACAUUGACGACUACUACAAACUAGAAGCCCCACCUCAAACCCCCGUGAUAAUCUCAGUCCACGACGAACACUCCUUCGAAGAACUCGAUUACAUCCGACGCAAAAACAACACCCACGCUUUGUUGUACCUGAAAAUGGUCAACCCCAAAACCUUCAUUCCUGUGGUCCACAACUCCACCGAACCCUCCCUCUUUGAAAAAAUCUUUAUCGACGAAAACAACAUCCACGAACUUUUCGACAACAAAAUGAACAUCUUGUGCGCACAACCCGGAAUGGGCAAAUCCACGAUGUUCAAACUUCUAAAAAACCAAACCCGUUUGUGGUCGGUGGUAGUCGACUUGAAAGCCCACAACACGUUUCUGAAAACCAAGCGACCUUUGAGUGACGUUCUGGCCCACUUUUUCGUCACCACAGACGCGUUUGUGGCUAAAGUCAAAACUGCCUUCUUCAGAAAGAAGAAAGUGGUUUUCUUUUUUGACGGUCUAGACGAACUUGACGAUCAAUGUGUAGACAACGUCUUGGAUUACAGUGAGGAGAUGGUGGAGUUGGGGUUCCGGGUUUGGGUGUCGUCACGGGAAAACUUGAAACCACGACUUGUGUCCAGGUUUAAGAAGAUGACGAUAGACGUGGUGGAGGUGGGGGAGAAAGAGCAGACGGAGUACAUUCGGGGGCGGCUGCAUUCCCACUACACCGACGACGAAAUUGAAGAAAUGGUCGACAAUAUUUUCGGUAGCACGGAUAUCGUCAACAAUCGUCAGAUUCUGGGGAUUCCGCUGCAGCUGUACAUCAUCACGCAGAUUUUUCUGGAUGAUCGGCAGCAGUACGACGAGAUGACGAAGAACUUUUUUGUGUUGACGAAAAUGUAUAGGUUUUUUUUCGACGGGAGGUACAAGCACGCGACUGACAAGCAGGAGUCCAAGAACCCCCAUUUGGUGAUAGGGGAGCCUGAAGACUACUUCGAGAAGUACGAAAUUUUGGCGUUGCAGUUUCUUCUAGAUGACGAUGUUGUGCAGCGGCUGAACCUUGACACUAGACGAAGUAGGAGGUUUUUGGAUAGAAUCAAAGACAAGAAGGACCCUUUGGGUAUCGUCGUUGGGGUCACCAACGACAAGGCGGUGUUUGAACAUUUCACCUAUGCCGAAUAUUUCGCCUGCGUUUUCUUGUCUUUCAACUUCGACAAGUGCAGACUUUUGCAAGACGAACUGUUUUCAGACCGCUACAAGAACUUGCUUCAGAUGUUCAACGUGAUGUUGGCGGAGGAAAAUCCCCUUCAUCUAGCUGUGAUUUACAAGGACCGCUUUCAAGUACAAGCACACAUAGACGAUGACAAUAUUUAUGACAAAGCGGGUCGAAAUCCUCUUCAUCUCGCCGUCACUCAAUGCUUGAAGUAUCCAGGAUAUUUCAUUCGUACUGAGACCGGGUGGACCACGAUGACAUCAGACAUCAUCAAACACAUCGAAGUCAAUGUGCUCAAUAGACAAUUCUUGAACCACGUGGCCAAAUUCGACCCUCUGACACGCGACAAACUUUUCAACUGGAAUUGUCUUGACUACGCUUUCGAAACCCGUUGCCUUGUCGCCGUCGAGGUGAUCUUGACGAAACACCAAGUUCUAGACGAAGCCAUCGAACAUCUUCAGGUUUACAGAGACGACGGUCUUUUUCCUGGGUUUUGUACGUUUAGUGGGUGUCUAAAUCUGGUGAAGGCGCUUCUGGGUGACAAUCCAGUCAACACUAUGACAAAUUGGCUCCAAAAAACUCUUCUACGUGAUACCAUAGCAUAUUGCUUCUUUCAGAAGAUAGAAAUGGUGCGUUUUUGGCUUGAACGUGGCGUUUCUGUGGAUUUUCUGUGGGAGGGUGAGACGGCUUUACAUCUAGCAACCAGGCAAAAAUUGCUUGAUGUGGUGACUGUUUUGGUGGAGGGGGGAGCAUCUAUGGAUGUUAAGACUGACAAUGGAGACACUGUGUUGCACUCUGUUUUUGCCAUGGGAAUGUCACAGAUUAUGGACACCGUGGCAAAAGGGAUUUGUCAUUAUAAAGACGAAGUCGCUGAAGUUUAUUGUACUUAUAAAUGUAAGAAAAUAGAUCUCGUGAAGCUGUUUGUUGAGAGAGGAGUUGAAGUUAACUCGAGGAAUAAACAAGGUGAAACGGCUCUAGAUCUAGCUGUGGCCAGUGGAGACUCGGAAGUGGUUGACUUCCUACUACAGAAGGGUUCAGAUGGUACUAUUUGUAACAACGAUGGGUUAACGAAAUUGAUGUAGCAUUGUAAAAUUUCAUUAAAUACCCACAUUUUAGUGUUAAGUUUUUUGGUAAUACAGCACCAAAUUCACAAGUUUCUGCG